GGGUGUUUGGGAACCGACCGUUUUUCCAAACACGGCUUGCGUGCAGUACUGAGCUGUCAGCUUCCAUCGGUGAUUAUUUUUUACAUUUCGCGAUUUUAUAAAACUCAAAACUGCAAUAUUAAAGCGGUGGUAAAAUCGGAUUCGUACGAUCGUCCUAUUAAAACAGUUAAAAGGUACAAUAUCCUGUGGAACUUUUUGACUUGUCUGUCUUCGUUGUUUUCUCACGGUUUCAUAACUCCUUGGUGACACGACCAGAUUCCUAACUCCUCUGGGGUUUCAUAACUUCUCUGGGGUGCUACGGAAAACUGAUAUCAUUGAGCAUUCGUUGUUUUCUGAUGAUCUUGCGUUUGGAUGUGUUUAAUUUAUCCAGGAUUUCAACGGCAGCUGUAUAUUGCUAAACGAGAACUACCAUAGAAAAUGGACCUUGAGAGAGCGGUAGAGAAACUACUGUCUACAGAUUCAGCGGAACAAAAGGCAGCAGAACAAACGUUAGCCAGCUUUUUGGAACGCGAAUAUCAACAAACCGUUCUGCUGCUGUCGGAAAUCGUGAAAAAUGCUGCCCACUCAGAUACCGUGCAGCAGAGUGCUGCGUUGGCUUUCAAGAAUGCCAUUUACGCGAAGGACCCGGAAAUUAAGGCGCGUCGACAGGAUGCUUGGAUGGCCGUUCCUCCCAGUGUUCGAGGAAUGAUUAAGCAGAACAUUUUGGAAGCUCUAAAAACGGACAACGCAGUUGUGGGUCGCUCCAUUGCGCAGUGUGUUGCCAACAUCGCAUUGGCCGAAAUUGUACGCUCCGAAUGGCAGGAUCUGUUGCCUUUCCUCUCCAGUUCCAUUAUGAGCUCGGAAACUGGAAACGUUGCGAAACAGUCCUAUUUGGAAGCUAUUGGAUAUAUUUGCGAGGAGAUCAGCACCCAAGCUGUGAGGAAUUAUUCUAAUGAAAUCCUCUCGGCAAUCGUUUUGUCCAUGCAGAAAGAGCAGCCGAGUGUGGAAAUUCGUUUUGCUGCCACUACGGCACUGUAUAAUUCGUUGGACUUCUUCAAAACAAAUUUCGAGACCGAGCGAGAAAGGAAUUACAUUAUGACAGUGGUUUGCGAGGCGACACAAGCCGAUGAUGCCCGAUUGCGGAUUGGAGCUCUUCAGUGUGUCGUAAAAAUUUUGCAGUACUAUUAUGAAUUCAUGCAUCCUUACAUGAAAGUCGCUCUUUUUCCGAUCUCAUACCAAGCAAUGAGCGCUACUGUUCCCGAAAUCACUCUCCAGGGUAUUGAAUUCUGGUCCACUGUGUGCGAAACGGAGAUCAACCUAAAUUUUGAGGAAGCUGAAGCAAGAGAUGAAGGCCGAACACCCGCAAACAGAUCCUAUAAAUUCUCCUUGGAAUACCUCGAAUUUGUUGUUCCAUGUCUGCUGACGCUAUUGGCGCAGCAACCCGAAGUUGAUGAGGGCGACGACUGGGUGCCGAGUAAAGCCGCCAGUGUGUGCUUAAUGUUGAUCGCUCAGUGUGUUCAGAAGGCUGUGCUGGAGCCUGUUAUUAUUUUUGUGGAUCAAAAUAUUUAUAAUCCUGACUGGCGUUUUCGCGAUGCUGCAUGCGUUGCAUUCGGAUCGGUGCUGGAAGGACCAGAGCCAGAGUAUUUGAGAACCAUAGUGAUCCAGGCGUACGACGUGAUAUUAGCGAAAAUGGAUGACGGAAACGUCGCAGUCCGUGAUAGCGCUGCAUGGGUUGUUCAGCGGAUGUGCCAGCUGAUGCGAGAAGCCGUUCUUGUUCCGAACCGCUUUCAAAAUACUGUCCAAAUUUUGUGCGGCCAUCUCAAUGAUCCUCCCCGCGUCGCGUCGAAUGUUUGUUGGGCAUUAGGAACACUUGCACAAGCAUCUUAUGAAGCUGCUCAAGGCAGCGGCUCGGAAAUUCCUGCUACUUCUGCGUUAUCCUCCGCUUACGAAGCUAUCGUUGGCCAGCUUUUAACAAUCGUUUUUCGCCCGGACGCUGAUCAGAAUAACUUGCGCACUGCAGCAUUUGGAGCUUUGGGGGAAUUCCUCAGUCAUGCGCCACAGGAUUGCUAUCCAUUCGUUCUGAGAUACUCGAAUGUCAUCUUCUCUCAGUUGAAUGCUAUCAUACAGAAAGAUCCACAGCUCUCUGCAAGCGAGCGACACCAACAUGGAGAUUUCUGUCAGCAUUUCUUGGCCUUGUUGCAGACAGUAUUAAAACGGCUGCGUAGAGAAGAACUCUCAGGUGUUACGGAGCAGGUGUAUGUGGUUUGUGAUAGUAUCCUGAAACUGCACCCUCUUGGUCGGAGUUUCCAAGCCGAACCUGAAGCCUUCAUGUGUUUAUAUGUCAUGCUGGAAGGUUUGCAAGACAUGUUUAGUCCGUUUGUGGAGCGUGUGAAGCCGCACAUUAUGAAUGCUUUAAAAGCUUAUCAUGAACAUUCGCUGGUCAAUAGCGCCUUAGCUUUUGUUGGCGAGUUGUGUCGCGUGUUCGACGUGAAGAUUAUGCCUCUAAUUGGCGAGCUCUUGGAUGCUAUCUUACACAUUAUCGCACAUGUGAGUGAUCCAUCUGGACUUAUGAAACCAAAAGCUGUCCAGACACUUGGGGAUAUUGCCAUAUCUCUCAAUACCCACUUUCAGAAUUACGCACUCAUGUCUUUUGAAUGUCUCAUGGCGAUUUCGGUACCUCAGGAUCAUGACGUAUGGUUGGAGAUUUUAGACGCCAUUUUAGAUGCUUCCCUCAGCAUUCUUAAUGGUCUUAAAGGGAAUGGCGAGACAUGGAGUCAAGAUGCACGCAGUGUCGUGCACCAUUACACCAAAUUUAUCAUCAGUUUGAUCAGCCAUGUUGCCACUGAAAACGGCUCAAGCAGUGUUCAGGACAGUACCAUUCUCAGUUCGGCCGGACUUAUUGGAGAACUGUGUGGGUUAUUUGGCACUGAAGUUCUUCCGUUGUUGGACCGAGCGGAUUUUAUUGAACUGUUGCAAAAAGGGAAGAAGUCCAGUAAGGGGAAAACGAAAACGUUCAGCAGUUGGGCCUUGAGGGAAGUGAAAAAACUGCGUAGUGCUCAAGGUGCGCCGAGUCGAAAAUGAGUCUCCACACAGUGGAUUGAGCGAUGAAUGUUUUGACGUAGGAUGAAUUGUGUGAUUCCAGUCAUCACUUGUCCCAUUUCGAAUACUGCCCUUGGAUAAGUGGCAGACAUGGAGCAGAACCUUGGUUUUAUCUCGCUCUUUCUUUAAACCAUUUUAUUGGUUGUUUUUUAUGUAGUCGCGGGAAAUGCUUGUUUGUGUUUUUGCUAACAUAUAUCGGGUGUGUUGUAACGAUCUGUAGAUGAGGACAAUAUUACCUGAUUACAGCCGUUUAAUUUUAUACUGGAUGACCUGAGCAGUUUGCUUUGUGGUAAUUUCUGAAAACGUGCAUGUUGAGCUAUCCGCGGUCAGCCCUCACUGUUAUUGUCGUUCAUUAAAGUUAAAGAUCAGAAA